GUUCUGUUAAUUGUCUACCUUAAAUGUGACUGGUGAGUGGGUUGGUUUAUUUUUCUUAAUUAAAGCCUGUUCAGGGACCGACCAUUUGACUUUUGAGGCGGGGGUAACGGUGAUUUCAGAAAAAAAAUAUCCUGGAGACUGAUUAAUCUUGCAAGGAAAUACCUGGCAUACAAUGAGGCGGGGGUAAGGGUGAUUUCAGAAAAAAUAUCCUGGAGACUGAUUAAUCUUGCAAGGAAAUACCUGGCAUACAAUGAAUCGGGGGUAAGGGUGAUUUCAGAAAAAAAUAUCCUGUAGACUGAUUAAUCUUGCAAGGAAAUACCUGGCCUACAAUGGCUUUGUACCCCCCACUCAAAAGUCAAAUGGUCGGCCCUUAAGCAUUUGGUUUGGAUUGCUACUCUUUUUGGUUGGCUUAUAAGUCUCGCGCCACUUGCUUAACCAAUCAUUAAAAAACAAGAAUUUUCCUCCCUUUGUGCCGACGACAUGAAUUUACCUCGCAAUCUGAUUGGUUGAUUUAAAGUGCCCGCUCGUGUUCUGAUUGGAUGGCUAGCCCUCCAUACGUAUUUUCCCGCGCUUGGCCGCUCAGCGUCGGCUAUGAGUAUUUCUUAGGACUGCGUCUGAUGGUGGAUCAUUUUUUCCGGAAAAUUUCCAUCUCAACUGUCGCGUUCCAUUUACAUUUCAACCGAAAUUUUUAAGGGACCCAUGAGAUAGUCGGUGUCGUAAAAUUCAUGAAACGGUUUUUCGACCACAGAAAUUAUCAUUUUGUUUUCCGCUAAGUUGCUAAUGAUCAGAACGAUGUAUACGUCCCAAGUGCAAGGUAAAGAGUGAAAAUAAGCGAGUGAACUGGAUAUUUCCUCGGACGUGUUGUUAACUAACGUCAGCUUAACCCCAAAUCUCAAACGGUAAGCUUGUCAGGCUUCUUUAGAUGCAAUCAGUGUGUGUGUAACAUUAAAGAGCGCGUCAUUGCUCUUAGCCCGUCCAGUGUCUUCGUCAGACGUUCACAAUACGUGGAAACAAAAAAGGUAUUGUCUGGUCGGUUUCUUUCAAACGGUUAUUGGGGAUUUGUUGACGCCCUGUUUUUUUUGUACGGAUUUGUUGACGCCCUGUUUUUAUAUAUGCCCGGCAAACGUAUUUGAUAGAAACUGUGUAAAAUGUAUUGUAUCAUUAAUAGACAUUGGUCAAAAACGUUUAUUUGAAUGUGAGAGAUUCAACGAUUUUACAUGAAUAUCAGCUUGCAUGAGCUCUGAAAAGCAGACUGGAUAAUAGUUAGCAUUUUUUUAAUAAAUUUCAGAAACAAGAAGUUUCCAUUUAAAAGGUCUUUUAGCAUUUUGACCAAGUCUUUGCGGGCUUUAACGACCACGUUCUUAACAGUAGUCAAAAAGUUUGUUUUGACGUUCAACAAUUUUCAUGAAUAUCGUUUUUGCCAAAGCAGUUAGUAAAAAUAGCAUUGACCAGCUUGUAGCCAAAAGAAAUAGUGAGAACAAAGGAAAGGAGAAGCAAAAACUGAGAUAAGCAAAAAGAAAUAAUGAGAACAAAAGCCACGAGAAGCAAUAGAGUCAAGCUCUCUUCUCUUCUUAUAAUAAUGCACCUGAUAAACUGCGGGACCGAACAUGAUCAUUUCAGCAAAAAACGUUCUAGUCACAUUGUAAGAAAUUCUUAAUAAUCUACAGUGAAAGCUAGAGUUUCUUUGUCAUACUUUCAAGAAAAGGAGUAUGCCUUAAAAAUUCCAUGCUAAAGCUGCGUGUGCCUCACCUCCUUCUCAAAAUUAGCCUGCGAGCAAGCUCUCCUAUUUGGGCAAGCGAAGCGAGCCUCGCGGGAACGCACGUGCGAGGGGCCGAGGAAAGGAGAGCUUGCAUCCUCCGCCCCUCGCGGCUUCGCCGCUCGCUCGCGCGUUCUCGCGAGACCUGUUUCACUCGCCCAAACAGGAGAGCUUGCUCGCAGGGUAUCUCAAAAUUAGAAGAACACUGACCAGCUAACAAGAAUGAGGACGAUUAACUUGUAGAAUCAAGGACUUGUUACACCAAAAAGCCCGAUUUUCUGGCCACUACUUUAGACAAAGGAAACAAAACUAUUCAAAACUUUUGUUGCAACUACUUUAACUAACCGUGCGUUUGUUUCUGGUGCAAAAAUACUCGUUUUUUAUUUCGGCCAAUUUUUUUUUCCGUUCCAUCACUGUAACGAAGCGCUGAAGAGUUUAAAAUUUUGUGUUUCUAAAUUUAGAAAUUAACGUCUUGUUUAAUCUCGGACCGCCAUGUCCAUUAUAAUGCGAGUAAUCCUAGUUAUCAUGCAAAUUGCAAUUUGCAUUGUUAGCAAGAACUGCAAUUUCCUUGCGAUGGUAUUGUUUUCAUCGAAAUGAAAAUGCAAAAGACUGCGCUACGUGCUUUUCAAAUGUGGUGGAAGCGAAACGAGAGCGACUAGAUUCUCUUAACGAUUCCAAAGAAUGAAUUCUAAACAGUUUUUUGUCACUCUUUUUAUCAUAACAAGCGCCUGUGAAGUGAAUACCAUUUCCAUCAAAUGCCAGGUAGGUCGAUCGUGUUCAACGAAUUUCAGCACCAUACUGGUAGUGAUUUGUUUAUCAUCACCACGCUUAAGAACCAGGCCGAGAAACUAAGCAUGCUUACAUGAGUUCCUUACGAUUUUAAACCCCACGGAGUUUCUUCACAUUCACACUAUGUUAUUAUGAAAAAACUUUGAUCGCUCGAUCUACAUAGGAGCGCAAUGACAUCGCUAAUUUGUUUACAUAGCACUUGACAGAGGGGUUCAUAUCUUUUUACCAAAUAAAGGAUCUACCACUUCAGUCUUACUUGGAGAAAGAAAAAGAUUUAUUCAAUUUUCAUCACUUUUGACUUAUUCAACAAACACUAAUACAUUCAAUAAUUACAUGAUCGCUGUACAUACAAAGAACGAAAUGUUUAGGGUAGAAGAACAUGGCGGAUAAUUACAUGUUGGUGGGUAGUCACACGCGAAAUCCUUUUAUAUAUUUUUCAUUGCGUCAGCAUUCUACAAGAUUCAUUAGGUUUAGCUGUAAACCAUUAAAUUAAACCAAAACGCAAUUUUCUACUGUUUGGAAAACGAUCACUUUUUACGAAUUGAGAAAUUACGAAAAUUUUCAGCGUGAGGUAUUUUUAAUGAACUGACACCAUGACAAUUCCAGUUCGGGUUAAAGCAACGUAGACUAUACCUCGGGUAGCUUAGGGCGAGAAAGUAAUACUGUUUGGGUCUUUUGAUAUUCAUUUUUUGUCAAAGCAAGGUCAAACGGUUUAAUCAACUUUUUGACGAAUUUUUCAAAUUCCAACUGGCAGUGCUUUAUAUAUAGUUCUGUAAACGCUUCAAUUCCAGACGAGUCCUCUUUCAUUUUCGGUUACUUCGCUCUUAUAAUUGGUUUAAACCUGAUAAUUUCUCCCCCAUAAAAACGCGUUACGGCGAUAUUCCAAACCACUCAUUUUACUGUGGGAGUGCGCCUCAUGAAAGGGAAAAUCUGUAACUAUGAACUGCAUCAUUACUUAGUAGCCGAAUCAUGACGAAUCAUUCCUAUAUCUCAACAAUAUUUGUACUGACAUCUUAACAAAUGCAAGGAAAUAAAAAUCUUUUUGGGGUCAAAAUGUUUUCAGUAAAAAGAAAGGCAGACAAACAGCAAAAGAAAGUCUUGAUUUGUAAAUCAGCCUAUUUUGGGCCGUUGUGUUCAGCAUCAGUAUCUGGAAGUGUCAUAGUGGCGAUGGAGCUUGCAAUUGAAUUCACUCGGAACAGUCUUUUCUGUUCUUAUAUAGCAGAGUUAUGGGACGAAGUAUCCUUUCAGGGCAGACUUGUGCAAUGUCGUGAAUCCGUCACUAAACACUGAGCUAGUGUAAAUUGACUCCUCUCUGUCCGAUGAAAUGAAAAUUUUAGUUCCUUUUGGAUGAGUCGUCGGUGGCCUAAUGAAAAGCGGUAUUGUCCUUUAUUUAUGAAAUUUAAUUAACGUAGUGGCUUAAUAGCGGAUUCAAACUGAUGAGAGAAAUGGUUGAAUGCAGCCAAGAGACAAUUUGUCGCAGCUGAACUGUUUGCAGUGAAGGUCUUUAAGUGGAAAACAUUAAAGUUGAAAACUAAAACAGAGUGAAAGAACGUACUGUCUCUCCGAGCAGAAAUCUUUCUUCGUCUUCUGUUCUCCAACAGUACAACGCACUUUAGAAGGAAGAGAAAUCUAACUUCGGAAAGCUCAGAAAAAUUUCCGAACUCCACAGAUAAGAUUGAACUCACGACUCUCCGAGUUCUAGAUCGGACGCUGUAACCACUGAGCUACCGGGAGGCUCUAUGGGAACCUCUUGAAAAUACGGCGAAGCUCACUUUACGAACACUUAUAAAUUUGCUGCCCGAUAAAUGUUCCGCCUUUGCGAGUGUACCCCAUCCGCGAUAUAGCACUUUAUACCUUACAUACGAGGGUGCAUGUUUACAACUGUUGCCUAGAUUUCAUAACCUGUCGCCGCGGAUGUACCAUUUUCUCGUUAUAUUUGGCCAGGAGCAGCUUCAUUGGCUGUGGUUGACUUGGUUAUGAAAACUUUCGUAAGGCAAAAUUCCGCAACUAGCUUCUGUUUGAGACCGUUUCACCAUUUUGGAGCAGACAAGACAAUGAAUAAUGAAAUAAGGUCCCAAAACGAUCGAAGUCUCAACUAACCUAUUAGUGAGUUUUAUUUCUUGGCCGUUUUACGCCAGUAAACUCUAUAAACUGAAAUCCACUUUCAUCCUUUCUUACCUUACCAUGCAUAAUUUUUACGUUUAGCUAUAUAGUAUGGUUUGAUCGUUGAAAGUAACUUCGUCUCUAUUGCUGUUUAGUGAAUGACUUUAAAUUAGUACUACCCUCAGCCAAUCAAAACUAAAACUAUUGUCUUCCCGCGCUUGGAACAGGCUCCUUGCUUUUGCUUUGAGAUCUCAUUGGCUCGUUUUAUUUUGCCGGCAGAGGGUUGGCCAAUGUAAUUACUUUGGUUUUUGGUGCAGUAUUUUGGUUCUUGAUACUCAUUUGCACAGUUGACCAACUUAUUUGUGUAUUUUGAUUGGCAGGUGAAGGAUGCUACUCGAGGAGUAGAGUGGGCCGCAGUGCCCGGAGCUGAGUGUAUGUUAUUGUCCAGUGCUGGGGUCUUUUUAAGAACAGCUAAAAGCCUGACAAACUUCUACGGUGUGGCUAUCAUAGAAGAUGUUCAACCUGGUUACUACCAGGUAGGCGCACAAACAGAACCUACAGUGUAUUGAGAAUGGGCCUCUUUGACCUAAUUCGCUUCAUUAGCUUCACCUAUCACAUAAUAGAGAGGUUAAGCAUCACCUUUACGUCACACGGCAAACGCGAAUUUGUACCACGUGACCAAGUUUCCCCUUUACUUCCAGGUUGUCGUUUACUGCUCAUUAUUUCUAGACAAUAAAUUAGUAGUUUCACAAAAUUUUUUAUCCAUAAGAACUAUUCGGAGCUGUUUUUAUCUGCUCGUUUUCUAUUUUUAAAAAUUCUCAACUUGAAUCUAACGUUUGCCGUAUACGUGAAGCGUAAUCUUUCUAACACAAAAAAUGAAGGAUUAUAGAUAUAUAUACAAAAGAAACAAAUAAGAAUAAAUUCGUAAUUAGGCAGGAUGCCACAACAGCAGUAAGCCAAUUACAGUGGUCUUUAGAGAUCACCGAGCGCGUGUGCUGAUGAAGAAUGGAAAUAGCAGGGCUGUGCUCAAGCAAAGCCCAGUGGCCCCUAGCGCCCAACUUUCGCACUCAUGCAACUCGAAAAACUUAUAGUUUUUUCAUGCUAAUCAUGUGCUGGGCACCCUGGAUUUUACAGGCUCAGAGCACACGGAUUUCUGAAAUUUUUUUAGAGCACAGCCUUGGUCAAAUAGUUCCCAUUAUUAUUUUAACCGGCUUAGUUUAUCCUGUUUCCUCAGGUACACUGUAUCGUAUCGUUCAAACUUAAAGCUUUUUUUGCCCGUUUUUCCUAGGUUCGAACAUCCAGGAUCGGUUAUUACACGUUAAAUGAAGACUUAAAGAUCCCAACCACAACAGAAAAACACAUUAUGAUCCAUCAGGACAUGGUGAUAUCUCCACGUUUGUCUCUUCGAGGGACAGAUGAUAUGUACCGUAUAGUGCUCACCUGGGGUCGCCAGCCAAAGGACCUGGACUCUUAUCUUAUAACGCCCUGGCCCGGCAGUUCAGAUGAUCCUGACUGUGAGUCUGGAAUGGUAGGUCUUGUGGUUGCCUAGUCCCAAGCCCUCUUUAUUGCGCGCGGCCGAUGCAAUUCGGGUGACGUGGUCCGAGCGAGUUUUUUGUCUCAGAUAAUUCACCGAAAUGCAUUGAGCGAGAAGGCCUGGAAAGACACCGCACAGGAACUAGGGAAGGUCUUGUGGUACGUUCGAUUGGGAAAUGUGGAUCGCGGAUUAAGAUUUUGAAAUCUGGAAUUCGGAUUUUGCAAUAAGACGCAAAAUUCGAUAACGGAUUUUAACUUCGAGAAAUCCUUCCUUAAGGUAAGGAAUCCAUAUCCUGAAUGCGUGGAUUUCCUUUCUUUCCGUUUUAUUGGGAAAUCCGAAAAAGGAUUUGCGAAACUGUUCUCUCUUAAUUAUGCGUGCACGUGCGAGACCGCUGUUAAGUGUUCUUGAGAAUUGUUUUUCUUAUCCUUUUUCGGAUUUCCCAAUAAAACGGAAUCCAAGGACAGAUUUCUGGGUGUUGAAAUCCGUUUUUGGAUCUCGCGUUUUAUUGCAAAUCCAAAAUCCGGAUUUCAAAAUCUUAAUCUCAAUCCCAAUCGAAAGCGCCCUUGAUAUUCAUACUUGUUCGCAGUUCCUGUUGCGGAAUUAGAUACCGUAGUUUUCACUUUAGUAGUUUUCACAAGCAAAAUCACCAAAUUUUCGAAAGUAAUCUAGCUUGACUCAUUAGUUAGAGCAAAAGCAGUUGGAAAAGACCAAAACACGUCGAAUUUUAGCAUUUCUAUCAAUCAAAAACAAAAGUAACUUGCCUUGAAAACUGUCCAAAUCCUUCGCUGACAAAAUGCAGCAAGGAAGAAGCCAAAAAAUUGUAGGCAGUUUUGGACCCCUUUUCCAAGUCCACAGGAAGUUAAAAUAAGUGUGGUCCAACUUUGAGACUCACAAGAACGCCACAAAAUUAGGAAUUACCCUGGGAGUACGUGGAAAUAGCGGCCGAAGGCAAAAAACAUACUGUAAACGUCCCCCCCCCUUUUGUAAGCCCUCCUAAAUUAAAAACCGCUUACAAAGUUGUAUAAGCCCAGUGCUUAUAACAGAGGUUACGGUUUUACGAUUAGAAUAACACUGAUGUGAUAUUGAAUUUCUUGGCAUGGGCCAACCUCGUUCUCAGUAAGAGAGAGGGUAUGAGAAGGAGGCUGGAUAUGGGAAAAGAGAAAGCUUUGGUUGCAAUUAUAUGCUAGUUGGUUGGGAUUUCAGCUAGGCGUGGGUUGCAGUUUCUCCUACCCUAGGUACCAGAGGUUUUCUCAAGCGUGCGGCGAUCGUGUGCGGCGGAGAUGUUUCGGGUCGGCCACGUCUUCGGAGGAGGGCCGACGCCACGAGCGGGUCACUAUAAAGACUUGACAGUAAAACCCCGAACGCCGAUAUAAAACGUCUCAGGUACCCAGGGUAAAUUUCUCCGAGAGUGACAGCAGCAUAUAGAGCCGCAUUCUGCGGUUAAUGGCACAAGUGUCCAGCACGCAUUUGGAUUCUAAAAUACCUCAUUACAUGACUCUGAUCAAAAUUUCAAUGUACACAGGUUUAUUAUGACGGCAAGCGGUGCCAACAAGGUUCUCAGAUCAUAGACCUUGAUGUGGAUGCCACAGAUAUGUACGGACCAGAGACCAUAACCAUGAGAGGACUUCAGUCGGAAACAUUCGCUUAUUACGUGCAUAUUUACACUAACGAUAUCUGCUGGAAUAAGAUAUCAGCUAAUGUCAAGAUUUAUCAGGCGUCCACGGGAGGUCUACUACAUAGCAUCCAACAACCGGACUGCAGUGAGAGUAAGUCAUUUUUCUUUGUUAGUCAGAGAGACUCUUUAAAAUUACCCGGGGGGCUACUCUUGGGAAUUCUUGGCGGGGGUGUGCCGCCCGAUUCUCCAAAUCCUAACCCUAUUUCAGACCAAAACCUGUCAUUUUUCACACCCGUUCCCGGACCUAGCCCCAAAAAACCACACCCGUUUUCAGACCUGGCUUCCAAGAAAUUACGUCAUCAUUACUUAGAUUAGAACAGCAUCAAAAAAGAUUUCUUAACAUCCAUUUCGAAUUCCCACAUUCCUCUUUCUUUCUUACCGAUUCGAGACCUAAAUGGGCAAAGUGGUUACCCGUUUUCCUACCAAAGGGCGCAAAAGCGCUACCCUUUGGGGCAGCACAUACCUCCAUGGCUUAUAUGAGGGAUUACCCCCCCGCCCUGGGUAAAAUUAACUACAGUCCCCUUUUUGAUCCUCAACCGAGGUUUUUUUUCCCUCUCUUUUGCAGACGGCCUUGGUUAUGACAGUUCCAAUUGCUCACGUUUCUGGCAUGUGUUUGACUUCGAUGCCUCUACAGCUAAAUUCAAAAUCUACCAAAACAGACUAAUGAGUACUGUGCCUACCCUCCCUGUCAAAAGUAUUGUUAACCCUAACUGUAGCUGUACAAUCAAGCAUGAGAUAUCCAGUAAUGACGUCAUUAGCUCAGCUGAGAAGAUUUCGACCACGGCAAAGAAUCUGAUGGUUGACAAGCUAUGUGUGAAUGAAAUGAAAAACAUUUACGAUAAUGCCAGUAAGUGUGUUUAAUUUUUUUUUGGUGUAAAUGCUAAUUAUGGACGAAUAGAUCGUUCCCUAACAAGGAAUUAGCCUGACAGCAGGCUUUUUUUUCGUGUCUUAAUUAUCCAUUACGAAACGUUUGAUACUCUAAUAAAGAGAAUUGGUCCUCUCUUUAUGUUGGAAGUUAAGAUCAUUGCGAACAUGGAUAUGAACGUGGAUGUGAAACAGAACAUCCUUAACUAAUAUUGCAUUCUCAGUUAAAAAAAUGUGGCUCAUUUUCUGCAAGUUAUAUAUUUGUGGCCACAAGCAACAACAGCAACAACAACAAUCUUUAUUUCUGAGUUUACAACAUGUACUCAUCUUCUGCAAAUUAGCCAUUUCCGAGUUCCCAAAACUCUUACUUUCAAAAGGAGGCUAAGUGCAAAACCUUUCUUGCGAAAAUGAAUUUUAUUUGCAUGAGAAUAAAAAAAUCAUUCUAUAUCGAAGGCUGAGCACUGAACCUCGUUUUGAUACAGAGGCCCGGGGAAACUCGGAAAUGGCCUAAUAGACUACUUUACGGUAAGGACUUAGUUUCCUAGCCUUUGAGUGGACGUGAAGCUGAGGUUGACCUUGUUUUGGUACAAACCUCUUUCCUUUUCUUAUGGAAAUUAUACUUGAAAAUAGGCAGUUAGCACAAGGAAAACCUGAUUUAUAUGAUAAAGCAGAAAGGGUUGUAUCAAAACAAGGUCAACUCCAGUCUCGUUUUCACCUGUAACUGUAAAAUGGGCUAUUCGUGGCCACUAUUCCAGGCUAUUCCAGUCUCCUAGCUAAGCCAAUGGGAGCGCGAAAGGUGAUGGUAAGGAGGAUAGCGGAGAAACUCUCCCUUUGCUCCUUUCGGUCACCAGGCCUCUCGCGUUCCUUUCUCCUUUUGCGAUCCAAAUAGAGACGCCUGGGGACGAGUCAGCUAACGGUGCACUUGAAAGUCCGACCAUCUUGUUUCAGCACACGUGAAGAAGGCUAGCACGAUACCAACUGAUUAGACGACAUUUUGUUUUUCAUGUAGCUAAAAAGAACAUCAGGUUGAACCCUUCAGAUCUUGUAGACAAGUUAGCCAAGUUUAUCAGCGGUCGCAUUGAAGAGAAGAGGCAACUUGGGAUGAAGCUUAAGAGCGUGAUCGAGAAAGAUUAUGAAGAGUACAAGACUGUGAAUGAGCACAGGAUUACCAACCUGAAGGAGAUUGCACCUAAACAGUGCUGUCGCUAUGACGGCCACACCCGUUAUUCCACUGAAUUUCAACGAUGGGUCAAUACGAGAUCGGUAAUUUCUUACUCAAUGCAUUAUUCAGUAUUGCCCUUGCCAAUGAUAGUGUCGUCAACUGAGGGGAAAAAAUACUGACCUUUUGCCAAAUUCUUCUAUCUUUUUUUUAGAGCUGCUGGUCUUGGCCAAGUGAAAUUAAGGAGGUGGGUUAUGGCUGUUAUUGUUGUUUUUUUGUUUGUAUUUAACAGAAAGAUUCCAUUUACUUUUGUACAUUGUUAUAACCGUCCAGUCUUUUCAAAUGUACAGCUUGUAAGCGGAUCUUAGCACGGGUAUUAAAAAGCACCAAAUUCAUGAAUUAUUAAGGAGAUAUAAGGCUAAAAAGCCGAAAAAUCCAUUUCAGUCAAUAGUAAUUUACACACACUGAAAAGUACUUAAGCCCUUACUAAUAUAAGAUCCACCUUUCCUAUACAGUAAUAAGCCAGACAUAACUUCAACUUUAUUUCAUAAGACUAUUGGUUACAAUAGACUGGCCCGCAAAAUAGCAAUUGCUAAUCUAGGCGGACCAGUUAAAAGAAAAAUAAAUUGAAAGGAAAAGAAAGGAAAGGAAAAGGAAAGAAAAACUACAAUUUGAAGUUACAAUAAAUAAUAUUCUAUCACAGUUUUAUUUUAAUUACAUUAAAUCUGAACAAGCAAACAAACAAAUACUUUAAUACAGAAAUCACUAAACUAUUAAUCGAACUUUUUCAACGAAAAUUCUUCGGAAAUUUUCUGGAGUUUUUCUUUCAAUUCAGCUAUCUCAUUUCGUAAAGAUUGAUUUUCCUUCCUCAGCUUUUCAUUCCCGGUCAUAAUUGGCAGGAGAAAAGACGCAAAUUCUAAUCUUAGCUCGGAGAGCUCUUAAACACACGUCCGACCAGUACAAGCACCGCACCAGUCUCCCUUGACAGCAGGACUCAAUCCCCUUCUAAAUUUAAAAAAAUAACUAAAUAUAUAAAUAAACAAACGUGGUUCAUCUAUGAUGUAAAAACGUAUGCGUUAACCAGUUUGAUUGGGGUUUUUAGAUCCCUGACGAGCUUGUAUCCGCGUACGACUGGACCAGCUCGCUGGAGACACAAAUGAUGGAAAAUCUUCAUUCUGGGUCACAAAAGGUAUUGCUGUGCAACGUGCAACUUUCACUUAGCUUUCUUUCUUUUGGAGUGAGAUUGAAUGGGCGUCCUGUGGCUUUUCUCUCUAUAAUGUUAACCAAUAAGAUAGAUCCAUCCGGCUGUAUACUAUGACGUAGCCUGCGAACGCAGACGUAUUUCCGGUUGUCGCUUCUCUCCACCUGCUUCUCGACGGGAAAUACGUCUCCCUACGCAGGCUAACUAUCACGUAACAUUCCUGAAGUACCCACACUCCGUGGUAAACCUUUCUUUCUCCUGCUCAGGAUAGUAAUAGUUUAUCUUUUCUUUUCUAUGAUUAAAGCUACGAAACGCUUCACACUCUAGAGCUAUUGCAGGAUUUUGGGAAUGUUAUUAAAGUUUAUUAGCUUCAGAACAAAGUUCUGCUCUCUUGUGUUUUUCAGGGACAGCUUAAGUGGCAGUAUUUUGCAGACGAUACAACAGGAUUCUUUCGCAAAUUCCCCGCUGCUUUGGUCGGCUCGUCCCAGUGUGGUACGUUUAAAGUGUCAUAACCUGUGAGCAAGCUCUCCAUUUGGGGAUAUUGUGAAAAGUAGACGCGCGAGAGACACGCGAGAGGAGACACGAAAGAGGGGCCCCUCGCGUCUUCGCCGCCCUCUUGCCCAAAUAGGAGAGCUUGCUCGAAGGCUAGAAGUGUCAUAACUAGGAAUUUGGCCUCAAGUAUAUCGACAUGCAUGUACGAAGAAUAUAACUUUUCUUGUUACUGUAGUUUAACAAAUAGACAACAAUUCCCCAUGGGUCUAUACUCUUACAUACUAAACACUGGAAAUAACUCCAUGAUAUUCAAAACUUAAGUGGAACCAAGAGUCGCAGGCGAUUGGUUUCGUUGCAAAGUUUUGACCUUUUUGACGUCAUUUCUGAGGUAUUAUUUUACAAAUCGACAACAAUUUUUCUUAUCGAUCAUAGAAAUGACGUCAAAAUGUUCAAUACUUUGCAGUGAAACCACGCGAGCCGCAAUUUUUCGGAAAAUCGCUUGCGCAAGGAAGGGGAAAACAAAUUGUGCCACAAGAGCGUCUUUUCCAUGAUCUUUACGUUUUAUCGACCAUAGCCUUCGACCAAUCAGCGCGCGAGAAAUUGCCAAGUUAUUGUAAAAAAGAUUGUACGCCAUGGAAAAAUAUUGUCUAUUUGUUUUUCACAAUAACACUGACAUCUUACCUUGAUACUUUCAAAACUGGGGAAUGAAACAAAAAUCUCAGGGAUUCAGCCCUUUAUGCACAACUUGUAGAAAGGCCUUCUAAUAGCCCUCUCUCUUGUUGAAACAGCGACCAAAGACGAGCGGCUGCAGCCGUGGUACAUAGCAUCUAUUCUUCGACCAAAGAACGUCGUCAUUUUAUUCGACAUUAGUUAUUCCAUGACUGAAGAUAACAAGAUUAUAUUUGCCAGAACCGCCAUUACUCCGGUACUUAAAGGGUUGCUGCCGACAGAUUUUGUGAACGUAAGUCUUUCUUAAGUGCUUUGAAUACAAAAUAAAUCUACCAGAACUAUUAAAAAGAGCUGAACUUCUACAGACAACUGGGAGAUUGUUCAGUAGCUUAUAAGGAUUACCGCCCGUUUUACGGUUAAAUUACGAAAAGGUUGAUAGUCUGCGAGCAAGCUCUAAACUUCGAGUAGCAAACAAUUAGGUAAGCGUGUGGCGAGAGGAAGCGGAAAAAAACGUUUCAAUGAAGACUGGUCAAUCCAGGUUCAAAUUGGAACUCAAGGCCGUUACAUGUUACAUCUUGGACGUAUAUGCGAAUGAAACCUACGACUGUGAAUUAAAGUGUCUUUCUCAGUCACAUGUGAGUUGGUGAUUUAUCCAUUGCUUUGUAGAGAAUUUAGUCUAAGCAUAUACACUUGACUAUUGCUACGUUGGUGAUUACAUUGCGGGUGAAUUUGGUGAGUAAAACAAAUGUAAUUCUUGGUUACAGGUUAUUGCUUUUGCGGAGAGCGCACUUCUCCCGGGAAUGACUCACAGCGGAGUAUCGGACGGAACCUACAGUGGCUGUUUUAAUACGCAGCUUGUGCAAGCCAAUGGGCAGAAUUUACGUGAUUUAAAAAGGUAAAUAAAUCAUAUGUAGUUCUCCUUGCACUUUGAUCAUGUGUUAACUUUAUCUUGUCUUAAUUAUCUUGUCCCCCUAGUUGAAGAACAAUUUUUUUUCAGUUGGCCAAAGCCAUGUAAGGAGUCAUUAAAUUAUUAUUAGUACAAUCAGCUUUACACCCUUUAUCGAUGCAUAUAUGAAGGGUUUACUUACUUACUUACUUCCUUCCUUCCUUCCUUCCUUCCUUCCUUCCUUCCUUACUAACUAGUUCAUCUUAAGGGAGUCAUCCCGCUUACAUGCAAUGCUAUAGAGAAUUAAGUACAAAUAUAAUUAGUCAAUGAGUCAUGAGUGAGUUGUUCGAACCUCUCGGAUUUGCCCUGUAACUGCUUUAAUACUAAAUUCAUACUGUAGAUAUAGUGACAAACCCACACCUAAAUAAAUGCUAGCCACUUCGAGUCACUGCUUAACCACAAUCACUACAGUCGGUGCUUAACCCUAAUUACUAUUUUCAGUGCUUAACCCAGAUCUGACUCAUAACUUGACUCAUGACACCUCGACUCAUUUUACCAAUAAAAUAUUGCUAUUCUGUGUGUGUAUGGUUUGGUUUGCCUAAUAUUUUGUUUAAAAGAGUUUGGUUGUAGUCUAACCAACGUGUUCAAGCGAACGGGUAGAAUUUACGCGAUUUAAAAAGGUAUAGCUUAAUUUGAGGCACCAACUCCAUAAGUUUUAUUUACUAUUUAGGUGUCGCAAACUCAAAAUAACCAACAAAGCAUUUUGUAACAUACUUUUUCUUCCUUUCCUUUUUUUCCUUAAUAAUAAGGUACGUUAUAUUAUUUUGGCAUUCUUUUCUUUUGCUUUACAAUAUUUUAUUUAGUCAUUUAUAUUAGGCCAUUUCCAAAUUCCAAAACUCUCACUUCCAAAACGAGGCUAUUCGCAAAACCUUUCUUGUAAAAACGAGUUUUAGUUACAUGAGAAUAAGAAAAUCAUUGUGUAAUCUCAAAAGCUUCGCUCUUAGCCUUGCCUUUAAACAGAGGCUUGGGGCUACUCGGAAAUGGCCUAUUAUUUUGUAAAACAUUGUAUAAACUAACCUAAUUGUUAUGCAUAUAUUUUGUGUGAGUUAGGUACAUUAAAAUAGACUUGAAUUGAUUUGACUUACCACAGCUUUUCACUGUUCUGCAUUUUCCGUUUAUUUUUUAGAUUUGUGCAGGAUGUACCCCUUGCCUUUACAAAAACUUCCAAUUACUACAACGCAAUUUCCAUGGCCUUGAAAUUACUUACAGACAUUAAAAACAACCGUGACACACACGUAAGUAUAACUUAAGCCAAGAUUACCCUACAUUCGAACCUAUACAGAAUUUGUUAACAUCCUGGACCUUUGGGCCCUGCUUAUCACAGGUGUAAUCUGCCCUCUACACGGUUUCAGUAUACCCAUUAGUUUUCUCAUUUUCAUGGCUGCCCCUUCGCAAAUUUAAUUCUGGCUGUAAAACGUGUUGAUUUAAGAUGUUUUCACGCCAAUCUUUGUCACCAACCAGUUUAAAUUUUCCUCGUUUUGUGCGUUUUAGUUAGUAAUGUUAAAGUUGUUAUCAUUUUUGUUGUUGCAGUUAAUCUUUCUGGCGGGUAGUACAGAUGUUUCAACGGAAGACAUUAGCGCUCUGUUGUCUCGUAGUAACACUACUGUAAGCGUUUAUACGUACAGUUUAAUGGGUGAGUCCGUAAACAGCUCCUCGGAUGCGAGGAAAAAACGAUCUGUUCAAAGACUUAAAGAGAUGGCGCAAACUACCAACGGAAAAUUUGAGGUAAAAUUUGAAAUACAUGGAAGAUAGAAACUUACCUGUGAUCAGGCGUUUCUUCUUCCUGUUUUCUUGGGAGGCGAGGGGUGAAAAGAAAGUAAAUGUAUCAGGCGUUCCUUUUUCCCCCUUUGCCCGUCUACCGAAUUUCGUGCCCCCCACCCCCACCGAAAAAAAAAAAGAAAGGCUGAUCGCAGGCUAGGUGGAAACCGGAGUUUUUUUAAGACAUAGGAAAGUGCUAGCCGGAUUGAUUUAUCCAUCGUUCGUUACGUUACAAUUUUUUUUCACUUCUAUUGUAUCAUACAUGCGCGCUGAUGUUUAGUUGUGUAUCCUUCAGAGCAUUACAGACUAUCGCGAGCUGGCGUUUAGGAUGGGACGGUUUUACAAAAAUAUCAGAAGCCAAAGCACACAAGAUAGAGGGCCUCGUGUAAGUAGUCGAAACGGGAAGGAGACAGGAGCCGAAAUGUGUCCCGCAAUUGUUUCUGGGAUAGUUACUGGGGACGUGCCGGUCAGCUAUUGGACAAUUUUUUUCCCUGCCCGCGGCAACAGUCCCAGAAGCCUUUGCAAAACUUUCCUCGGCCCAGUUCCCUUCUCUAUCGUUUCUUAAGUGGUGAGUUGAUUUGAGCUACCGGCUGUUGAAGACAAUCAAUUGGAUGUAUGACGUAUCCUUGUAGAAGAGUAUUCACGCACCAGUUUUGAAGUGACAGUUGAACUCCCCAUACACUGUAAACUGCUUUCUGUACGCUCUUAAAAACGGUAAACUCCGAGACUCCGAGAGAGUAAAAAAACCUGGUAACUUAUUCUGCUCUAUCUUGAUGAAAUUUGGAAUUUAAGGGUUCAGAAGACUCAUAAUGAUUUUCUGCACUUUUGAGUCCUUCUUCCUCGCUGGAUGAGGAAACUAAACCAAAAAAACAACGGGAGCAUGUUCAUAGCCACAUUAUUUUUUGUCAGCGAACAAUCAUGACGUUUCGGCCAAUUGAGUUUCCCGCGAAAUGACGUCACUAAUAGGAAGGCAGGCUAGUCAACAUGUUUCCAAAAUGGCGGGUCACGAUAAUGAUUUUUUUAAAUAGUUUUUGGAGAGCAGUUUCUUUGAAAUCGGAUUGACCUUGUAGGCUCAUUUAGCUUUUACAAACUAAAUAUGCCGCAUCUUUUGCUUUUGAUUGGAGAAACAAUGAGCCUUCUAGACUGACCUCGUUCUCUAAACGGGAAAAAUAUUUUAUGAGUAUGUGCUAAUAUAAUCCCUAUAUUGCCUCUUCGUCUGGCAAUAUAUUGAGAAGAUAUUGUUGUCAAUACCAUGGUUCUCUCCUUUGUCCGAGGCUUCAGUGUGUCUAGUGUUAUAUAACUACGUCAUUAUUUUUUUUUCAGCUUUCUUAUCCCCAGUUUGCCGAGAGACUGGGAAUGUAUGUGACACUUGGAGUUCCCUGCUAUAGCAAGGAUGAGGUAACAAACACCAUUAUGCACAACAAUAAACCAUAGGAUAGGGAUAUUGUCCUUCUUUUGCAGUCGUCGUGCCUGUCUUGCUUACGUUUUGGAUUAAUUUACAUAUUUUUCUUUGCUGUUUUUUGAGUGAGUGAUUUACAUGAAAUGUCUGUCAGACAGACAGACAGCCAGCUAGCCAGUCAGUCAGUCAGUCAGUCAGUCAGUCAGCCAGCCAGCCAGCCAGCCAACCAGUCAGUCCGCCAGUCCAUCCGUCCCUCAGUCCCUCCAUCAGUCAGUCAGUCGGUCAGUCAGUCAUUCAAUCCGCCCGUCAGUCAGUCAGUCCAUCCGUCCGUCAGUCCAUCCAUCAGUCAGUCAGUCAGUCUGUCAGUCAGAUAGCCUUAACGAAAACAUCAUUUCGUAGAUCUCAUAUCUCUUUUCACUCUAGUCUCUGAUAGGUGUUGUGGGAAUAGAUAUAGUACUGAGUGAACUUCUUCAAAACUCUGUGGUAAGUAGCCGCUUCGUCUUUGAAUAAUAAGCGUGAUGUCACGAGUAAAAACCUUUCCAUGUAAAACAAUUUUUUCCCAGUCGUUCGGUCCCGGUGAGCUGUCCUACACAUUCGUUAUUGAAACCAACACCGGCCAAGCACUGGUUCAUCCCCAGCUUCCCGAGCCGGAAGAAAUUCAAGAAGAUCCUGUGGUGAUCAUGAUUAGUGACAUGGAAACUAGUCCCGGUAAGAUACAGUCUUAGUCUCCAGCCGUGGGUGUCUCGAUCCGCCCGCGAUACCUCCCACUGGAUUACAAGUCCAGCGCACUAACCGCUCAGCCACGCUGCCUCCAUAUACGUAUAUGGACACAAAUAUUUCACAGUUAUUCCUCGAGCCCGAAUGGGCUCUGAGUCAAUAGCCCAUGAGGCCGAAGGCCAUGAGGGCGAGAGGAAUAAUUGUUUUAGUAAAAUCCAAUUGUUUUAGUAAAAUCCAACUAGUUGGUCAAAAAUAUCGAGAAUAAAAAAAAUUUAGCUAGUUAAAGCUAGACUAUAAUCCUUUUUGCCGCCAAAAAGCCCGCGCUUUUCGCUACUAGUGGGCUAUAACAUAUAGCCUAGUAGUAGCUCAACCAAUCAGAACGCAGCAUUAAUAAUGGAACACUAGUUGGAUUUUACUAAUCUGGAUUAGUUAACUCACUUUGAACGAGACAACGUCCCAGGAAACGAUGUAUUGCUUAGAAAUGCGAUGGUUUUGUCUUUUGUCGGCACUACCCACCCGGCUGGGUAGUACCUCAGCGCUUUGAGACACCCACGGCUAGAGACUAAGCCAAGGCAAGAUACUGCUCCGUUUUGUUUCUUUUGUUUUCUUUUUACCUACGAAGUGGAAGAGCUCUUCAGUUCAUCCAUUAAAAAACAGGAAGUUUGUCUCCCUUUAACUUCAUUUUUAUUUUAACGGAUAAUACCGUCAUUUGAAAAGCAAACCAUGGUUGUAAAACGCAACAACCUUUGUCAAACUGUGCCAAAAUUACUCACUUUGAACAAAUCGGCGCAAUCGUAGGAAAGUUUAAAAGAGCCCGAAUCUUCCACAUCUUUUACCUUUAAUUGUCGUUUUACUUGGUGUCGUCGCCGUAGUUACUUAGGUUUCUUAAAAAUUCAAAAUUUAGUUUAAGAUGCUGUGAAUCAGCCGAGUAUCCCCCCUGGACAUUCUCUAGUUUGUGUUAUUUCGGCCCGGCAUCCUUCUCUGAUUUGCUCCUUAGCUACUAUAGCUAUUGAAAACUAUUGAACAAGUACUCAUUAUUUCCAAAGCAGUGCAGUAGCCAAAUUUCAUCCUCGUUUUCCUGAAUUGUUUUUUGCAGGUUUUUCCGAUGUCCUUUCGUCUAUGAUGAAGAGAGAGACAGGCAGUAAGACCCUGAGAUCUGAGAGGGUGUUAUCUCGAGGCGAUCCAAAUUUUAACGGUAAAGCCACGCUGCACGUAUGUGUAUGUGUGUUUUGUGCCCACAGGCAGGUCCUUCCUUAUAGUUCUAGAUCUAAGGCGCACCUCUUGACCGCUACGUAAGGGCUGUCAUCCUUUACUCUAUCCAGCAUUCCCGCUCGAGGUCUUCCAGAUGGCCUCUUUCCUAAUAUUCUCCCCUAAAUAACUAAAGGGACAUGAUCAUCAUGCUAUAGCGUAUAACCAAGCCAGACUCUCUGUCUUCUGUUGAUAACAGUUAUGAUGGCCCUCCCCUCACCGACAGUUCACACGCCUCAAUACUUCUUCGUUAAGGACUUUGUCAGACCAAGAAAUGCUUAAGACCUUUCUCCAAAGCCGCAUCUCACAGCUCUCCAGCCUUCGUACGUCCUCUUUCUUCAAGAGGUCCGCGAUUCGGCUCCAUACAAAAGAGUACUCCAGAUAACAGUCUGUAAUGCUUUCCUUCAGGCAAAGGCUGAAGGUUUUUGUCAGCGCUUCUUUUCUCUUAAUAAAUGCAUUCUUUGCUUUGCGUUCUUUCUGCACGUAUAUGUUUAUUUUAUUUGUAACUGUUGCCUUUAGUCAAUGUGGAUAAAACGUUUGGCAGUUGAUAUUUUGCAAUCCUUUUCGAUGCCUAUGAUUAGGAUGUAGCUGCAGUUAACUUCUGGACAAAUCCAAGUUAAGUUGACCUUUAAAGGAUAAUUUUAAAAACAUCACAGAAGCAAGACGUUCCAGCCAGCAACAUUUAUAACUCAGAGAUCUAACUAGGGACGUUUGACAGAGAAAUGUCAAGAAAAACGCUUGGAGCAGCUUUCCGUUCUUUUCAUAUCGUUUUGUAGUUUUUUGAAGAACCAGAGAAUAGAGGAGUAAAAUCCUUCAUCCCGCAAGAGUACCAAAAUUAAAUUGUCAAAAGAAUUGUGAAUUUUGUAAAAUGAAAAAAUGCCUUCAAAGUGUAAAACAUUUUGUGAGAUUUGGCUAUUUUGGAGUGGAAAAUUGAGGUUUUAGUCACUGAGGCUGGGAUUUUGGGCCACUAGGAGUAGAACUGGAGGCAUACAGGGAUCCAAAAAAUGAUUUCGGCUGGGAAAACUGAUGAGAUUUGUACCUCCCUUACCCCCUUCAAAUGGUAGAAACAGAGGAAGUCUAGAUUGGCCUCAACUUAUAUUUCCACCGCCCUUUUAGUUAUUUUUUCUGAUUUUAUCAUCUUUAUUUUAAUUAGGUUACCGUGGAGUAACAACUGAUUUUACUUACUCUUGGAAGCCUGUCAACAACACCAACUUUGCUGUGUGCAUUGUUAUAGCUUCCGACGAACUCGAUACCAAGGUAAUGGUGGAUUUCCACUGUCGCGUAAUUUUUACGUGCAUAAGUGGGUAAAAUUUAAGUUCGCAAAUAAAAUAGAGGCAAUGCAUGAAAGGUCGCGCCUAAACAUAAAAGUUGAACCUCGCUCAACGUCAUGUUUAAGCUCGAUACUUUUUUACCUUGCCUCUAUUUAUUUACGCAAGUAAAAUUUACAUGCUUGUACACGCACGUAAAAAUUAUGCGCCAGUGAAAAUCCACCCAAAUACGCGCUUUAACCUCACGAAUAAUCUCUCAGCAUAGAUUGUUCACAGUUUAUUGACCAUAGUGUUAACUAGUUCUUAUCCAGUAAAAUCAUUUAUUAAAUACGAAAUAAAGAAAUGCGUUCCAUCCUUCUUAUUUCCAUUUGACUCAUUAGCGUACAUAAAAGGCAUCGGGUAAAACAUGAAUUGAUUUUAAAAUUCAAAUCUUUGUUUUCAACUGAGAUUAAAACAUUAAGAUUAUUCAACAAACUAGCCCGCCCUUUACUGUAAAGUAAUAGAUUUUUCUCACUGAAUUUUGCCCUACUUCUUCGCCUCCUAAACGUUUCCAAGACAUCUGUGAAGCCCACGUCUCAGUCCUUUUCUUAAAUCUUCCCUCGCUUACUUUUUCCAUUCAAAAAUACGUGAAUCUAUUAAAAUUGCCAUCUAUAAUUUAUUAAGUUUAUCGCUUUUUAAUUUUUGUAGGAAAUAGUCUCUCACAAGCCGUACCCACAGCCAGACCUCUACCACCGCUAUGAUUUUGUGAAAGACUUAAAAGUUGGUUCUAUUAUUGAAGACAAACCCAUCGCAUUUCUGAGCAAUACUUCAUUUCCUGCGACGCUGUCUCGUUCAAAGUGAGUUAACUUCAUGUCCGUGUCCAUACGUGUUCCAUUGACGGAUUCAGACCUUCAGAUGGGGGUUGGGGGGCAGGGUGCGGGGGGUCAUCCAGACCCUGAGAUAAGGGGGGCGGCCCGUCAAAAAAAAAAAACUAAAUCUUUUCGGCCCUUCGGACCUCAUUUUGGUCUAGAAAUAACGGGAGGGGGGGGUGUCCGGGCCCCCCCGGGCCCCUCCGCUGGAUCCGCCACUGGAUUCAUAGAUGUAUAUCAUGCAACGUGGCCGAGUGGUCAGAGCGCGCUGGACUUGUAAUCCGGAAGGUGUCAGUAAAAUGCGGGGUCGGGCUGGGGUCUAUCUUGUUUGAAAAAAUGCUGUUUAAGGGUUAGGGUUAGGUUUAGGGUAAGGGUUGACACUAACCUAACCCUAACCUAACUUUAACCCUAACCCUAACCCUAACCCUAAAGCAGCAUUCUUUUAAAAAAGAAGAUAGACUCCGACCCCGGCCCCGGGCCCCGACCCCGGGCCCCGACCCUGCAUUUUACUCACACCCUAAUCCCGAGGCCCUAUUAAGUUUGCCGCUCCUUCCGCCAGCUGGAACUCGGCCCAAGUUCAAAAUAGCCAACUGGUUCGCUUCCUACCAGCUGUUGGAUUCUUUACCUUGUUAUGUUCCAUUUGAAUUUGUUGUUUCAUUAUCCCUCAAAAGUCCCAUGCGGGAAGAGGACAAGUAAGUAUUUAUUAAUUUGAAUUUAAUCCUUUUAAAUAUCAUACCAUAUUAUCUCUCUAUCUUAACAAUUGCUUUUUAAAUCAAAGGCUAUUUCUAAUUUCUUUUUACAUUGGCGAACGACCGAACUGGCUUGUUGUUUAACUGUAAAACAUUACAAUAGCAUUAUAUCUUGAAUAGUCAUUGAUUUUUGUUGUCUUGUUUUUAGUUACUUCCUGAGUUCAAGUUGCUUUAAGGACCCGUAUAUGUUUGAGAAUACACCGGUAGGUUUCUAUUGCUAUUUCUGCGUCACAGCAGUGUAGUCCAUUUUGUUCAGUAUUACCUCUCACUCAACCUCACUCGAUCGCUCAGGCCUGACGCCAAACGUCAACAUCACGAUUUUCACAUGGAAAGAACUACAUGUAAACUAAUAAAUUAAAAAUUUGUGUGAUUGUUAAUGUAUAUUUAGCUUCGUUCGGGAUAGAAUGUUUUAAAAUAGCUUUUUGGUCUGAUUUAUUUGAUUGGUUCGACGGGUCCUAAUACCCAACAGACGAUCUUAACUUAAUUUAGGUCGACCCAAAUGAAACUUUGGUUCGUCUCAUGAAACGUACGACGUUUGGGUUAUUCCUUAGCCAACUAAACGUUAGCAUAGACAUAACUCAGUGUAAAUGACACGUGAUCACAGCUUCGCUUGACAAACAAGAAAUGUCUCGCGCAUUCAAACAACAGAGAUGAGCUUUGAAAAAUGUUAGGCUGAGCAGUUUUCAAAAACUUAAUUACUCUCCGUUUUCAUCUACUUCAACUUUGCCAUUCCGUACCUUCUCCUGUAUUUACACCCCAUUGUUUCAGCUAGGUAUGUUUAGGUUUUGCUCAAUUUGUUGCUUUGUCCAGCUGCCUGUGGGUGCAUUUGCCUUAAUAUCGGUGUUUGGAUGGAGAACUGAGUGCUCGUGUUGUCAUUAACGUGCUGUUGUUCACAUUGCAGGAGACUUUUGAUUUCGUAAGACACCUCUCUGAUUACGUGGAUGGACUUACCGACCGGCCUCCGACUCCUUCCUUGGUGAAAGGUGUCUUGGUGGAUAUACGGCUCACAAGGGAGAUUGAAAAGUGGUAAUGUGUCGCAAAAAACCCGCACCAAGUUGUUCAUCUACGCUAAACAUCCGUUUUUAGUAUUCUAUAGGCUUCAAUAGUGUUUUUUUAAUGUUUGUUUUAGGAAUUUUCGACGCCCUGCUCUUGUUAUCUUGUCCCAAGGUUGAGAAGAUACCGUUUUUCCUUGAAUAAGCGCCUGGACGCUUAUUUAAAGUAACGGCUUAAAGGAUGGGCGCUUUAUCGAAAAGGGCGCUUAUUCAGUUUUUCGUUCAACGAAGUGUAACUUUGUUUCGGCUAAAUCUUUAUUUGAAACGUAAACUUAAUAUUAAUAGACUUAUGUUUGUUCAAACAGUAGUUGUAAUCAAGCGUAUCAUAGUCCCAUUAAACGCUUAACACAGAUUUCUCGGUAUACAUGCACGUUUUUAAAAUAUCGAUUCUGUCAUUAUCCUCGAGAUCAUCUUCGUCAAUAAUAUUCAGAUCUUUUCAUUCCUCCUGUAUCACUACUAUUUAAGAAAGUGAUGGGGAGGGGAGGGGCGCUUUUUUAAUAUUAUAUCCUAGGAGAUUGGCGCUUAUUCGAGGAAAUACAAUAUUUCACUCGCUGUUGGCGCAAUCGUUCUUUGGUAAAACUUCUAGCGGUGCUUAGGAAAAAUGCAACUUAAAUGAAUGUCACUAGAAGGGUUACAAUCUUUGCACCUCUUCACUUGUAAGAGUUUAAAUGUAUAUUACCUUCGGGGCGGAUUAAGCCUUCGUGUCUGGAAGCAAAAUAUCAUCCUUCGGUUCUCAAACAGUACAGCUAAAAAAUUAUUAUCCCCUCGUCCUUGACCUCAAAGCAUGAUUUAAAUUUUCAUCGUUAUUUUGUGCUUUACUCUUUCUGGAACAGGGACCUUAAUAAGUUUGAUUAUUAUGUUCUGUUUUUCUCAGUUGGAACAGGAACCCCAUGCGUGUGCUUGGUAGCAGUGCAGCUUGGCGGUAUAUCGCCACCAACUCUGGUGCCAUGAGGCAGUAUCCAGGGCGACAGACGUACAAUAACAGGUCAGCGGUGAAAUUUUGUCAUUAUCGUCAUGUCAUGAGCUUCGGACAGAGAGGGUGGGGAGGGAGGGCUCAUCGUAACAGGGCAUACCCUUGCUUAAAUUCCUCCAAAUGUCCUUUCCAUAUUUCGUUGGCACGAGCAAAGUUGAUAGUGUCCACUGCGUCCCGUAAUCGAUUUAUGAAAAUGCUCAAACAGGCAGGUUUUCCGACGAUUGGGUAGUUCUUGGGUCUUCGGGGGAGGGGGGGGGAGGGUCGAUACGCUCUGAGGUCGCUGAUGCCAGGGGUUAUGUCAAGCACAAUCUUAACAUUUUGUGGACCACUUGUAAAGCAGUUUAGUGACAGGGGUGACAUAGGGGUGCUGCGGCCCCAGAAAAUUCGUUUGGACCCCCUGCCCCUCCCCCAACUGCUCUACCGCCUGUGAAAAGUGGUUCAUCACAUUUACGAAUGAGAAGGGUGCGUUUUUAUGUUUCAUUCCUUUUUUUUUUGUUCUUUUCAAGGUAUGACCCGACUACUCGACCAUGGUACUACGCCGCGAAAUCGUACCCAGGAAAAGUAACCUUCUCAGUUCCUUACUUGGUAAGCAAUAUUCAAGAAUUUACAAAAAAUAAACAAAGGCGGCUCAGAAGGACCUGUGUCACAAGAAUCGUUCCCAGAAACUAUUAUUUAAAUAUUUUAUUGGAUCUCCAUUUUCCUUUUAUGUUUUCAGGACAAUGGUGGGGCAGGAGUUGUGGUUACAACAAGUCAAACUAUCAGCAGCGAUUCAAUGGUGAGUGUUAAAAGAAUAAAAGCUUCCGUGAUUUUACAAUUGACUUGCCACGACUAUGAGAAAAGCAGAAUCGCAGUAUCGCCUGGUUAUUCAGAAGAAUCAGCUAUAUUUAUUAACCAAUCAGCAGUUAGAGCAAAAAAGGAUAGGCUGGUGACUCGCGCGGAAAAAACUUGUUGAAUAUACCAAAAAUGCGGGGAAAAGCUGCAACCGUUGGGUCAGUACCAUGAAAAGCGCGCGAAAACUGUGAUCGCCAGAGGGUAAUGAACGCGUGAGCUAGCUCUUAUAUCAUUUAGAUUAGUUAAUUUGUCUGUUUGUUAAGUAACUUAUUAAUUUCUUUUCUUUAUCAUAAAGGUACGAGCUGUGAUGGGUAUAGAUUUUAAAAUGAUCAAAAUCCACGAAAUUGUCUCUGACAGUGGAGAGAUUUGUAAAAUGAGCUCAGGUAACUUAUAAAGGCUUCAUUCUUAUGGUAAUUAUUUCAUUGUAAAAAAAUACGGGAACUAAACUGAAUUAUCCAUUUAUUUUGAUACUUUCAGUUUUCUGUAUGCUGAUUGAUCCAAACGGUUAUGUGGUUUAUACCAAGCAGUUCAUGUCCCAUCCAAGGUAAGACACUGCCUUGCUUUGAUCUGUAGCACGUGUGGCAGGCGUUCGACAAUUGUUCGGUAGGGAAAAGGGAUUUUUGGCGCCAGUGAAGCUCUCUUCCUCGCCUGCCUCUCGCGCUUCCCUCGCGCCCAAACUCUUCUUUUCCUUUCCUUUCUAACGCCUGCCAGGCAGGUUAUUUGAUCUCUAAAGAGAUCCUACCAUCAAGGAAUGACUCUAGUUCUUACCUUUCUCCGCGUUAUUGUGUUUUAAACUUGAGAAUCGUUGGGCAUAACUAAAGAAGGAAACAUUAGUGGCGACAGGAGCCAUAAUCGGGGUAGGAGACCGCAAGCCCAGGGUCCACGCCGUUCCAUCGAAAUAGCCAAAUGCGCUAUUUUUAGAACAAUAUUCACCACCCUCAACGUCACAAACUCACAAACUUUCCUGAAGUAAGUGAAGACUCCAAAAAUAGCUAGACUGAAAGCCAAUAAAUUCAAGUGGAACAAACAGAUACAGUUUACACUAAACACAAAAGGGCUAGACAGGUGAGAGUAUUUUAGGAGUCUUCACGACUCACUAUUUUGGCCCUUUCAAGCGUGGUAGUUUUCGAAGAUCACUGUUACUGUCUAGUAACCGAUCUGCACCGCCUAUUUCCCUUUUUUAAGCGGUCGUUGCCAUUUUUCUCGUUCGAUACCACCAUGCGUUUAGUUAUAAUGGAUGCAAUAUUUUCACUUGAUUAAGUUGCAGUAAGGCAAAUAAUACGUUUUUGAGUAGUCUUAGAAAGAACGAGGUUGAAGCCUAAGUUGAAUUUACGUUAAAAGUUAUGGAAAGGGCGAGGAUCACAUGUUAUUGAUGUAUUGGUUAAGAAAGACAGUUUGCUACUCUAUGUACUUAAGUGUUUCAGAAUUUUGACUGGUCGGUGGGUUAGUGUAGUGGUUAGGGGGAGAGAUUAGGAUACGAAAGAUCCGGGUUCCACCCUGGGUUAAGAUCCUCUUCUUUCUCGAUCUUAUUGAGAAACACUCUCAAUAACAGGUCAAACAUUUACUAAGUGUCUUAAAAAUGACAGCGACCGUUUACGAAAGAGAAAUUUGCAUCGCCGCCUCUUCUCAUACUGGAUGUUCUCUCAAGUAACCCUUGAAAGAAUCUCUUCUUUAUCUGCAGAAUUGCGUCCGAGCGUGUCCAUCUUGCGUACAAACAUCCCGAAUUGCUGCUAGACUUGAUGAAGAAAGGGAUAAUCUCCACAAGCUUGGCCUGUAACGACUUGGAGGUAAAUCUACUUUUACAUCCAGUGUCCUUCCACAUUAUGAUAUAAAUGUGAAUAUGAAAUAUAUUCUGUAAGACAGUUUUACAAAAGAGAACCGUUUUUUUUUUUCAGCUUGGUCAAACAUACACCAACUACAAGAUCACUGACACGCUACCAAGGUUUGUGGUGCAAGUUGCUUGAUUUCUUUAAAGAUAAUUUGAUUAAUGUCAGGCUUUUGUUAAUUGAUCAAAGGCGCUAAUAGCUUGACAGUAACGAUAAAAGUUGCGCGGGGCAGCGUUUACUAUAAUGAUAAUUAUAACAAAAAUAAACCAAAUGAUCGCCGAACGAUACUGAAGAGCGACUCUAAGUCUAUUUCUGUUCGAACAUCUUUUGAAACACAUUAGAUACAAUGUAUAUGAGGUGUUUAUUAUAAAUCGUCACCUCCACAUCACUCUUCUUAUUUCCUUGUAACAGUGGUAAAGUUCAUGGAAAGUUAAAAUGUGGUGCUUAUACCAUGGUAGCUGUACCCAACACCAACGUAUACCUUGUGGUCCUUGAUGGGGGUGACUGUCCGGACUCCGCUAUAAAAUGUACCUCGGUGAGUAACAGCUCUUUUUGCCGUAUGAACUCAAUACAAGAAGAAAGUAGUGCAUAAAAAUAAUUCAGCUGCCACGAUGGCGACAUUGACGCCCGAAAGUCAACUUGGCACAUUGGGCUGACAGCGGUAAAAUGACUUCUAAGCGAGCUCCAUGAAUCUGCUUGAGCACAAUUGUGCAGCAUUCCCUACAACGGAAUUAAAAGUUGAACCAAUCGGAGACGAAGACCAGAAUUCUUUGAUUUCGUGCAGCAACAACAACAUGUCCCCUUAAUAUCUUCUUGGGCGAGGGGGGGAGGGACUAGGGGUAUUGUAGUGCUGCCUGCCCUACUGUACGUUCCUGUUACAUGUGUGAUAUUCUUGUGCUUUGCUUGUGCUAACAUUGUUGUUACACUUCGUCGCGAAUUGUUCCUCCAACAAGACCCCCGCGGUUUUCCAACGUUGAAACUUUUCAAGGGUUUCCUACUAGGACAAAGGUUUGUCUAAAUCAAUCCCGCCUUUAUUGUUUCAGUGCUCCAAGAAGUCAUGCGCAGAUGGUAUAACCAAAGAGGGCUCUUUGUCAGCCCCUAUCUGCGUACCAUGUCUAUGCAGCGUCCCUUACAGUCCCUGUGCUUUGCAUUAUUACAAGGUACGUUGAUAUGAAUAUAUUUUUCUUUGCAACACUUUCCCUGAUCAAAACAAGAGCAAAUGCUGUUGCUUUGUAAGCGAAGCGCUGUAAAUCAACCAUGGCAAUUUCCAACAACUCAAGAUAUUUUCAGGUUUUAGUUGCCAAAAUACCUCUUGCUGGAAAUUACGAAAAUCUUUUAAACGGAAUGAAUUGUACCAACAAUGCUUCGUUGAAAGGGCGCUUAAGCAGCAGACUUUGACGGCUGCGAAAACGUCGCUGUAUUGACUGAACUCUCUCCUUGUCAAAGUUUUGCCAAUUUCCACGUUCAAAAGUGAGGAAGUAAAAUUAUUGGCCAUGUGUUUACUUCCUCUAUUACACGUUCUUACGGAAAGAAAUUUACCAAAAAUUGUGAGCAGGUGCAGAGAUUGCUGUUCUGCACCUCAGUAAGGGGCUGGCUAUUCACAUGAUACCGGAACGACUUUCAUUCUGGAGCGAGUUCGUUACGUCGCCAUGUAUUUCUCUAUAUUUGUUUACACGGUACCGAAACGACAUUGGCGUUUCCGUACAAGUCGAUCCUCUUUCCAAUCCAAAUUCUCGUUCUGGUACGAAAUUUCAUUCUGAUAUCAUAAAAAGUGAAAACGAAAUUUUUUUCGCUCCGGUUUUUGGCGUUCUCGUUGCCGCCACCGUCUAGUUGCCUAACCCUUCAAGCCUAAAUAUCCACAUUCAAAUCCACUAGACUGAUCUUCAUACAUUUCCUAAGAACAAGUUGGCAGUAUCUAAUAAAAAAUCAUACUAGUAAGAUGACUGCCAAGGGAUACAGGACACUAGGAUUUCUUAAGCGAAACCUCAGAGUAAAUUCACCUACUCUAAAAGCUAAGGCAUAGGCAUCAAUACUACGUCUCCAGUUGAAAUACGGUAGUACUGUUUGGGACCCUCGUAAAGGCGUGGAAAACAAUGGUUCCUACAAUUUGGAAAUGGAGCAGUAACGGGCCGCCAGAUGGGCACUGGGGAGAUACCAGAUAUUAGCAAGCGUGGCAGAGAUGCUUACAGAACUCAACUGGAGAACCUUACAGCAAAGAAGAGUCGACGCGCUCCUGACCAUGUUGUAUCUAGUUCUCCAACAAGUUAGUUGCAGUGAACCCAGGCUACAAUAUGCGUUCACCAACCCGCAGAAGUAGACACGUCCAUGAUCACUCUGUCAUCCCGAUUUUCACCUCUACAACCUCUCACAGACUGUCUUUCUAUCCUGGAACUAUAGUUCAAUAUAACUCCCUGCCUCAGAUGUCUACUCUCUCCGCUGAUCCUACUCAGUUCUGGACCAAUGUGUCUAGAAUCACUCAUCAACAGUUGGAGUGAUUUUAGACACAUUGUUUCUGAAUUGAGCUACUAACCAAUCAACUAGUUACUUGUAAUUUAUGUUUUGAGUUUUUUUUUUUGGACCACCCCUGGCUAAUAAUCCUCUUUUUAAGGGGUUGCUUUCAAAAAUCGAAACAUUUUUCUUUCAGUGAUCUUUUGUUAAUUCUGUUAACCUUUUCUCUUGUUUAUGUUAGUCUCCCAAAUGUACCUGAUAGUUCACAUGAUUUUUCUUUGCACCCUUCAGAGUCCCAACGCCGCUGUUGCAUGUCCUUCUAUGCGCCGAAGCCUGGCGCCGCCUAAAAUUGCCUGCAAGAAGCCUGAUACCGACUCUGUGUUUAUUCGUGUUCCCAUUCGCAACCCAGGCCUUGGACCAACCACAUCACCCAACUCCAAGCAUCCGUCGGGAACUGGUGCCAAGUUAACUUCUUCCUUGUUGUCUCUGUGGUUCAUUAUUGUCUUGAGUCUUUGGCGUUUAAACGAUUUUUUAUGAUUUUCCUAAGGGCGCUUUUUAACUCAGUAUCGGAAGUA